AUGGAAAGCUCAAGCCUGAUAUCUGCUGCCAAAAUUUCUACACAAAUAGGCAGACAGACAGCAAGCCCCUCCCUUCUCCAACCAGAGACUUAUCAUCUAUCCUCUAGUCAGUCUUCCUUCAUAGGAUUUAAAGGUAAUGAAGAUUUCCAAGAGGUAUCAUCAGGUCACCACCAAGCACACCGGUGGGCCUCCGACUUCUUCAUUGAGGAACAACCACAUUGGCUUGAUGAUCUCCUAAAUGAGCCAGAUACUCAGAUACACAGGAAUCAUCGACGUUCAGCCAGUGACACUUUUGCAUAUUUAGGAGGAUUGGACACAAGGGAAGACAUUAACCGAAAGAUGCAAUCCGCUCACAGAUCAAGGGUUAGGAAACUUCAGUAUAUAUCUCAGCUUGAAAGGACUAUUCAGCUUCUGCAGGCAGAGGGGUCGGAGAUUUCAGCUGAACUGGAAUUCCUUGACCGUCAGAAUCUUAUUUUGAGCAUGGAAAACAAAGCCCUAAAGCAACGUUUAGAUAGCAUAACUCAGGAGCAGCUCAUAAAGCAAAGUAAGUAUCUUAUCCAGACUAAUUCGUCCUCGCAAAAUGGAUCUUAUGCGCCUAUUUAA